AUCCUCUGAUCUUUGCUUUCAAGGAUGCCAGGCGUGAGCCCUGGGCACGGGGCGGGUCCGGAGUGUGAGGAGAGACCCGGCCAGCAGACUCCCCCCAAAGCUGGUCCUCCUGCCUCUGCCAUGGCAUCAUCAGUUUCCUGGGCUUUCUGCUGCUUUUGAUCACCUUCCCUAUUUCCGGCUGGUUUGCCCUGAAGGUUGUGCCCACCUACGAGCGCAUGGUGGUGUUCCGUCUGGGCCGGAUCCGCCCCCCACAGGGGCCUGGCAUGGUUUUACUGCUGCCCUUCAUCGACUGCUCUCAGAGGGUGGAUCUGAGGACCCGAGCCUUCAACGUCCCUCCUUGCAAGCUGACCUCCAAGGACGGGGCCGUGCUGUCCGUGGGGGCCGACGUCCAGUUCCGCAUCUGGGACCCGGUGCUGUCGGUGCUGGCCGUGAAGGACCUGAACGCGGCCACCCGCAUGACGGCCCAGAACGCCAUGACCAAGGCUCUCCUCCGGCGGCCUCUGCCCGAGAUCCAGAUGGAGAGGCUCAAGAUCAGCGACCAGCUCCUGCUGGAGAUCAACGACGUGACCCGGGCCUGGGGGCUGGAGGUGGACCGGGUGGAGCUGGUGGUGGAGGCCGUGCUGCAGCCGCCCCAGGACGGCCCGGCCGGGCCCGGCCUUGACAGCACCCUCCAGCAGCUGGCUCUCCACUUGCUGGGCGGAGCCUUGAGCCCGGGGGCGGCAGGUGCCCUGCAGCCCCGGCCAGCCACCCCCGACACCUUGGAGAUGCUGAGCGAAGUGGAAGCACCGGCCCCUUGCAGUGGUGCAGGACCCGGCCCUGAGCAGCCCGUGGCGGAGGGGCUGCUGACCGCCCUGCAGCCCCUCCUGUCCGAGGCCCUGGUCAGCCAGGUUGGGGCCUGUUACCAAUUCAACGUCAUCCUGCCAGGCGGUAACCAGAGCGCCUAUUUCCUGGACCUCACCACAGGGCGAGGCAGGGUGGGACGUGGGGUACCCGAUGGUGUCCCUGACGUGGUGGUGGAGAUGGCGGAGGCGGACCUGCAGGCGCUGUUGAGCAGGGAGCUGCGGCCCCUGGGGGCCUACAUGAAUGGGCGGCUCAAGGUGAAGGGCGACCUGGCUGUGGUCAUGAAGCUGGAGGCUGUCCUCAGGGCCCUCAAGUAGCUGCCUUUGCUGUCACCAGGAUGAUCCAGCUGGAUACCUUGUGUCAAGCCAGUGGGGCUUCCUGGAGGAGGUGUUGGUUUGCACUGGGGCGGGCUGAGGCUCGAUGAAGUUUGGAGGCCCAGCCAGGAGGCCAUAGAUGGAGGCCAGGAGACGCUGGAGGCUGUUCUGUACUUGGUAUUGCGCCCAGCAGGUCUCUGGGUAGGCUUUUGCCUGUGUCCAGCUCAGCUCACUGACAGUCCCUGAGCUGGCCACCCAGCGUGGAGAUGUAACCAGGUCACAGAAACCACGCAGGCCAAGCCUGUGUGAUUGUACAAAGCCGAGGCCUGGGCUCCAAGCCCCAGGGUGGAUGGAGUGCGCAUGUGUCAGGCCGGCCUGGCGGGGCAGGGCGGGGCACAGCCAGCCUGCAGCGCCCCACAGCCAGGCCCCAGCUCAUCCUGCAUGCCUGACGGAGCUGGGUCUCGAGUCUCACUGUCCACGCUUCUCUCCGGAGGGGCAAAUAAAUGUGAAGUUGGUUUACACUG